UAUUUGAUCAUAUAACUAAACCAGAAACCUUUACUGAUAACCCAGAGACUGAAUAUAGACCUCGAUACAUUUGUUCAGAAUGUUUUAUUCUUCAUGGUGGGCACUUUUAUGAAAGAUAUGGUCGCGGACAUGAAGCUUUUACAUGUAAAAAUAUGCAUAGUAAUGAUAUAAAUGAGGCACUUCAAGUUUUAGGUUAUUGGAUUUUGUAUAUGACGGGAACUACUGAUGAAGAUAAAAAAAAAAUUCUUCUAGCAUACCUAGUUUCUGUUUUACAAACAUUUUUUA